AUGAAACCCACCAACCAAACGGUUAUUUUAGGAUUCCAUCUUUUGGGGCUGACAGAUGACCCCGAACUGCAGCCCUUAAUCUUCAUCCUGUUCCUGUCCAUGUACUUGAUCACAAUACUGGGAAACCUGCUCAUCAUCCUAGCUGUUAGCUGUGAUUCCCAUCUGCACACUCCCAUGUACUUCUUCCUCUCCAACCUGUCCCUUAUUGACAUUUGUACAAGCACAAUCACGAUCCCAAAGAUGCUGGUGAAUAUUCAAGCACAGGAUCAGACCAUCACUUACAUAGGCUGCCUCUCUCAGGCCUCCUUUGCUUUGCUUUUUAGUGGGUUGGAAAAUUGUCUCCUUGCAGUGAUGGCCUAUGACCGCUAUGUAGCCAUUUGCCUUCCUCUGAGGUAUAUGGUCAUUAUGAAUCCCCAACUCUGUGUCCUGCUGGUUCUACUUUCCCUACUCAUUAGCACCAUGCAUGCCCUGAUCCACAGUCUGAUGGCAUUGCAGCUGGUCUUUUGCACAGACCUGAAAAUCUCUCACUUCUUCUGUGAACUGGCUGUGGUCAUCAAGCUUGCCUGCUCUGAUAUCUUCAUCAAUAACCUGCUGGUAUAUUUAGUGGGUAUCACAUUCUUUGGUGUACCUCUCUUUGGGAUUAUUUUAUCUUAUAUCCAAAUUGUCUCCUCUGUCUUGAGGAUCACAUCAGUGGAAGGAAGAUAUAAAGCUUUUUCCACCUGUGGGUCUCACCUCUCAGUGGUGUUCUUGUUUUAUGGGGCGGGUUUUGGAGUCUACAUGAGUUCUGCAGUUACUGAUUCUUCCAUUAAGAAUGUGCUGGCUUCAAUUAUGUACAUUGUGAUCCCUCCAAUGAUGAACCCCAUUAUCUACAGUUUGAAGAACAAAGAAAUGAAAGAAGCCUUGAUAUAUUUCAUUGUUGGAAUAUCUUUUGAGUGA